GGAGGAGGAGUAGGAGGGAGCUGCUGCAGCGGCUGCCGAGAGUUGUGUAGCUCCGGCUGCAGAAAGUCACCGGUGGUGGUGGCCGCUGAGCUGCUGCAGCACUGCCCGGGGAUCCCCUCUCCGUGCCAGGAACACAGCAUGACUUCCAGGCUGUCCCAGUCCCACCUGAAGCUGGAGGCGGAGAUAGAGCGCUGCAGGGCAGAGUGUCAGUGGGAGAGGAUUCAGCUCCUGGUCGGGCAGUUGUCACCCAAGGUCCAGGAGAGCACUGACGACUUCACAAACCUGCUUUUGGCCGAGUCUCUGCUGGAGCAAUGCUUGAAGGAGAAUGUUGCCAAACUCAAAGCCUCUAUUCCAUUAUUGGAAAGCAUGGAGCCAAAACUGCACAAAGCCAGGAAUUAUCUAACGGGGAUACUAAACAGAGGCAAAUUACCGCAUCAGUACAUGACAGAAGCACUGCUGAUACUGGGGAAGCUGCAUUAUGUGGAGGGAUCUUACCGAGACGCUAUCAGUAUGUACGCUCGCUCUGGUUUUGACAAGAUGUCAUUGGAGGAUGAGCCCCUUUAUAAGAUGCGACUUUUCACGGAAGCUUUUGUCAUUAAAGGUUUGUCAUUGGAACGCUCUGCUGCCACCAUUGCCUCGCAUGCGCGCCUGUCGGAGAGGGAAGAGGAGGCUGUUGCUUGCUUUGAAAAGGCCAGCUGGAUUGCACAAGUCUACCUGCAGGAGUUAGAGAAGAGUGCAAACAGCACCCACCCGCGGAGCUCUAAGAGUAGCGCCCCCUGUCAGGACUUUGAGCUUGGCUAUUUCCUCGAGGCGGCGCUGCAGGGAGCGUACGCAGCACAUUUCAAAAGGGGAAAUAUUUUAAAAGGAAUAAAAGAGCUCCGGAAUGUGUUAAGAGUAGUAGAGACAAAAGCAACACAGACAUUCAAGAUGGCAAUGACCAGGCAACUGGCUGAAGUUCUUCUUCAUUCCUUAAGUGAAAACUGCUACUGGUGUCCCUUGAAUAGUCCUCUGCCCGAACAAAGGAACAGAAGAGAGAGUUCAUUUCCUUACAACAUUCUCAGCCAAAAACCGCAGAUUCAUUCAGGAGACCACCUGUAUUGCCCGAAGGACAACAUUGAGGAGGCUCUACUGCUUCUCUUGAUCAGCGAAUCAAUGGCUAACAGAGAUGGUGUUAUCAGCCAAGCUCCAGACCAGAAGGAAGACCGGGCCGUUAGCCUUCAAAAUGCAUCUGCAGUAUAUGACCUGCUGACUAUUACAAUGGCCAGGAGAGGGCAGUAUGCCAUGCUUUCUGAGUGUUUGGAAAGAGCAAUGAAAUUUGCCUUUGGAGAGUUUCAUCUUUGGUAUCAGUUGGCGUUAUCCAUGAUCUCUUGUGGCAAGUUCGCCUAUGCUGUUUCAGUACUGAAAGAGUGCUCUAAACUGCGUCCUACAGACCCGACCGUUCCGCUGCUUGCUGCCAAGGUCUGCAUUGGGCCACUGCACUGGCUGGAAGAAGGGGAGAAUUUGGGAAAACAAGUAACGGAGAUGGGAGAAGAAGCAGGAGACUCGCUUGCUAAAGGAUAUCUGGCCUUGGGACUGGUGUACAGCCUUCAAGCUACCGAUGCCACGAAGAAGAGCACUCAGGAUGAUUGGAGUAAGAAAGCUGUCCAGGCGUUGCAAAGAGCACAUGAAAUAGACCCAGAGGACCCUCAGAUUAUUCUUUAUUUAGCACUUCAGCUGGGCCUUGUAAGACAGAUAUCGGAUGGAAUAGAACACCUACAGGAAGCGCUUAAACUCCGUAAAGAUGAUCUGCACUGCCUUCACCUGCUGGCCCUGCUGUUUUCAGCACAGAAGCAGUAUAAACACGCCAUCGAUGUCAUCAAUAUGGCCAUAGCAGACUACCCAGAUAACUUCAGCAUAUUGUUCACCAAAACGAAACUGGAGUGGCUGCACAAAGGGCCUGAGGAGGCUCUGAUAACAUGUCGCCAUAUGUUAUUCCUGUGGCAGAAGCUGUUUAACUAUUCACAACUGAGUGAGUGUGAGAAAGAGAGCAGCUUGGCUGACGUUCCCCUGACACGGAAACACAGUGGGCUGCACCUCACGCUGCCAGAUGCUCAUGACACGGAAAAUGGUUCCCAGCGGGCGUCUUCCAUUGCAGCAUCCCGCAUGGAGCAGGCCAUGUCUGAGUUUACAAUGCACAGCGCACAAAGACAGGGACCAAUGCAUCAGUGGAUAACCCUGGAGCAGAUAUGGCUGCAGGCCGCUGAACUCUUUAUGGAACAACAGCAUAUGAAGGAAGCCGGCUUUUGUAUUCAGGAGGCAGCCAGCCUUUUCCCCACAUCACAUACUGUGCUGUACAUGCGUGGGAAGCUCGCUGAGAUGAAAGGCUGUUUGGAGGAGGCAAAGCAGUUAUACAAUGAAGCACUAACAGUCAAUCCAGAUGGAGUGAAAAUUAUGCACAGCCUGGGGCAUGUACUGACAGUACUUGGGCGGAACAGCCUGGCUGAGAAGUUUCUCCGCGACGCAGUUCAGAUUCAAAGCACGUCGCAUGAUUCUUGGAAGGGACUCGGUGAAGUUCUACAAGCACAGGGGAAGCAUGAAGCUGCUGUAGAGUGUUUUAUAACCGCACUCGACCUGGAAUCCAGCAGCCCAGUCUCCCCAUUCACCGUCAUACCCCGGGAGCUGUAACGAAGGUUGUAGAAGGGUUCUGCUUCUUCAACCCAAGGAAGUACUGCAUUGACAAGAGGCUUUUAAAUAUGAUAAUUAAAGCAUUCCUAAUGGUUGUUAUAUUGAAAAUAAUUUGUAAUUAAUACAAAUAUCUAAUAUGAAUACAGCUAUAACAUUUUUCCUAUACUGCCGGAAAUCCAGGAGACCUUUUUCUCUGCACUCUUCAUAUUCUCAGACAUUUCUGCAUAACGAUAGCUUCAGACAUCCACUCAGAGCCAUUACUGGCUGAUGGACUUAUCUAUCUAGCUGGAAUUCAGCAAUAUAGCAAGCGUGAUUUUAAGUGGAAUAUUUAUUUGCAUUUUAGGCAGGAAAUAGCCAUUUUUGAAUAUGUAUUUAUGUCUAUUGGAAGAUGACUUAUUGGACUUUAAGGUUAUAGAAAGCGUCUAUAUAUAUUUUGAAUACUCUCUUUAAUAUUGCAGAAAAAUCCUGACACAUGACAAGCCAUUAUGGGCUGAUCUGAGCCAGAUGCACGGCGAUAUCAAACAAAAGUGGAAAUGUUUUUGAAAAUAUAUUUUGGUUGUUCCUGGGCAGUAACAGGGAGACGGCUAUGCAGAGGCACAGAGAUAGGGCGUGUUACAGGAUUGUCGCGGGAAUGUCGCUUAUAGUGGUUGCGUACAGAGAUCCGGAUUCGUUUACGUAGGAGGUUGGAGCAAGUUUCUUUGUUGCGACAGAUGGUAGAGUAGUAUUUUAGCGUACACUGGCAGUGGCAGCCUCAGUCCUUGCACGUUCCGACGUACGACUGUACAUCAGAGAAGGGCUUUGUAGUGGCAUUUGUAUGAAGUUGCAGGUGUGCGACCAGCAAAACACGCCGACGCGGACACCGACUCAGAAUCAGGCCCUAUGUGUCUCAGGGGAGGGGGUUUUGCUAUAAAGAUAUUUAUUUAAGUGGACAUAUUUUUUUAAAUGAGAUUUCCAUAAAUAGUAAUGUCUGCCUGUCCCAAUCCUGCUGAAACAAGCUAUUGCCUUCUAUUUACUAAACCUUGCACACAAGCACCUUUUUUUACAGGUGUCAUCAUGAUCCAGUCUAACAGCUCUUCCUACUAUUUAAAUCUGAAUUCAGUGUUUGGCAGGAUGGACUUAGUGGUCACAUCAUUGCAUUCAGCUAGACAGCACUUGCACCUAAACUACAUAGUCCAUACAGUUCUUCUUCAGAAGGUCAGUCUCACUGCAGGUACUCACCUAAAGUUACAAGUUGAUGCAAGAUUUAUAGUAGCCUCCAUACUCUUGAUAAGUGUGCAGACCCUUAUUCUAUUCUAUUCUAUUCUAUUAUUUCUUAAAAAUUUCUACCUUUUCCUGGAACUAGUUACAGGAAUUAAUAAUUGGACCAAAAAGCCGAAUCAUUUUUUUUUCUAAAAAACAAAGAAAUAGUAAUUUUUUUUAUUUAGUAAAGUAAAAAAAAUAUUUUUCAUUACAUAUUUAAAUAUUUUAGUUUUUAAAAAUAUACCUAGAGGGUGUUUUUUUACCCCCCCCCCCCAUCCCACGUGUCCAUAGGCCCCCAUUAUAAAAUUACUUCCCAUCCCACAUCAAAAAUAGCCCCCGCCAGUAGAGAAAGAUCUCCAGCAAUAUUAAACCCCAACCCCUAGUGGUGAUAGAGCCCAGCGUCCCAGCCAUUACCCUCACCGUGUCAAUGGGCCCCCACUGUUUAGGACCCUCCCCCCAUGUGUUUGAUUUUUUAUUUUAAAUGCCCGAACUUUUUGUCGGGCACCAAUCUCCCCACCCCCAGUACCAAAAGAUGACCCCUGUUACUACCUCCCAACAUAGCCCCACCCCCCUCACCGGGUGUAGUAUGGCUGACCGGCGGUCAGGAAACCGCCGGUCAGCUUACCGACGCCGGGAUCCCGGCAGCAUACCGACGUCGGGAUCCCAGCGGGGAGGGGCGAGUGCAGCAAGCCCCUUGCGGGGAUCGGGUUCUAUCCCCACUCUAUGGGUGUCGUGGACACCCACAAGUGGAAAUAGUCCCUGUUGGUCGGCAUGCCGACCAUUCGGGAUAGUGAGGGGUCGGGAUGCUGGAGGAGGUCAUGUGACUGUCGGUCUCCCGACCGCCGGUCACAUGAUUACCACCCUUCUCACCUUAUAGCAGAGUGCAGCGGAGAGUGGGAUGGGGGGACUGAAGUUGCCCCUACUGCAGCUGUUCUCUGCACAUGAAGAGCUCAGCAUAGUUGUGCUGGGUGGGGGGAGGAACAAUGUUCCCUUCCUUGCACGGCAUUCUGGGGUGCAAUUUCGGGAAUAAUAUCGGUGGUGACAGACCGCAGCAGGAUGAGAAAAUCCAUUCUGCUCUUGUGCAAAACGGAUUUCCUCCAUAACAGAGGGAGGAAGCAGUAGGGAGUGGCGGAUGUAUAGGAUAUGACAAGGUCAGGUAACGCCAGGCAAGUGGUUUAUGGACAAAUUUAUUUUGCAGUAACUGACGCAAAACAGGGUAACGUGUGUUUGGACAGGUCAUUUUGUUUGUUUUCUAUGUCUUUUACAAAAUACAGUAUAUUCAGUAGUAUUAUCAAAAUUAAAUACUGUAAAAAAAUAAAGCUUUCCUUUCCUUCCUUCCUGCUGCCCUCCCUCCCUUCCCAUCCUCUCUCCUCCCAUCCAUUACCUUCCUUACACCCUGUUUUUCCCUUCCUCCCCUCCCUUCUUUGUUUCCCUUCCUUCCUUCCUUCCUUCCUUCCUUCCUUCCUUCCUUCCUUCCUUCCUUCCUUCCUUCCUUCCUUCCUCCCUUUCCUUCACUUCCAUUUUCUUCCUCCCUCUCUAGUCAUUGUUCAUUUUAACCAUAACCCAGAAUAAAUGAUUUCUCCGAUAGCUCCUCAGUUACCCACAGAAAGCAGUAGAGCCACACCCUGUCCAUAGUAAAAUAACUACGAAGUGUUUAUUGUACAAUGAUCCGUGUCACAGAGCUAGCGCCUUAUUUCUGUGACUGGGUGUGCUAACCUGUGUCUCUAAUUACUCCUUUUGUAAUGAAUGAAACCUUUUUCUUAUUGAUUUGCUGUAAAAGUUGUUAUUGGUGCAAUAAAAUGCAAAUCACAAAUACAAUUUAUGACAAUAAAAAUGUCACAUUACAAUAAAAAUGUAAUUGAAACCCAACCAUUUGUAAGUUCAAAAGCAAUAUUUGUUUGGUACUAUGGGGAAUUAAAGGUACUCUGCAGGUGUA